AUGGCUACGAACAAACUUGCCGCGACAAAGGACUUACUAAACCGACCAAUGGACCCCGACACCGUGCCAUACACCUUGAACCCGGCCGAGUCUUCUUUCAUUCGAGUUUUCAACGCAGAGCGCGCGAUGGAUGGAAGCCAUCGCUUUUAUGUGGUGACUUACUCUCCGUUUGAAGAAGGACGGUUCAAAUUCUGGGCUGUGAAGGGUGGUCUUACGUCUGAUUUGAUUAUUGAGGAUCUUUUCCCCAACGACAGCUUCCGCCCAGUAGACCCCGACGUGACAGGGAACAUGUUCUGGAGUAUUGCCGACUUCCAAGUGAAAUCCAUGGAGGAGGGCAAAGGCAUGGAGCUAUGGGUCUUGUGGAGGAAUCAUGGCCUUUAUCAGCUUUAUUCAGUCCAUUUUGAUCUUCAGACAUUGACCACAGAUUGGGCUAAUAACUGGGUUUCAACGACAUUUGAGACCCACCGCCAGGAGGCAUUGCCGGCUUCAACCCUUGAUGAUGUGGUGGAUCCAACUGAAGAAUGGCUCAAGUAUCUAUUGCACCCGAACAGGUACUUGCCCGAGGUGCUUGAAACCGCCAUCGCGAUCUACCAAGAGGCCCUCAAACCACUUUCAUCAUCAUCUUCUCCGAUUUUGUUGAAGAAGGAAGUUCCCUUGGCAGAGAGGUUAUGUUCGACCAUUGCAGCAACUGUCUCUUUACGCAAGUUUUCAGAAGACGAGAUGGACUACAGUCGGUACCGCUUAGAUACUGAUGCCAAGUGGCGUCAGUUCUGGCAGGUUGCCGAAGACCUCAACAAGCGCAGGUUCGAACCUGUGUCUCUGGCAUAUGAUUCGUAUGCUGAAAUACCUUGGCUACUUCUAUCGGACUCCUGUGCUGUGAUACGCGAGUGCAACACCACUGAACUACUUGCUUACAACUCUGGUCUCGAACUCAGCAAAGACAGGGCCACUAUCAUCAGCCGUUGGAGGCACCGAAAUGUCCCGAGUGAACUUGGCAUGCAAUACGAGGAAGCAUCCUCGUUGAUCAAAGUCGCCGCGGAAUUCAAAAAGCGCUUCUCUCCUGAACUCAACUCUGCAUGUGAAGCAGCCCUCGAGGCCGAAUUGUUCACGGAGCCAUCUUCGUCGAUCACAGAUCGUAUCGAGGCUUUCCGUGAACGCUGUGAAUUUGGAGAGCGUAUCUCUAAUAAAAUGUUUGAUGGUCUCGUUGCAGCACUCAACGAGAAUUUGGAUGCUGGAAACCUCCAUAGUGAAAUCUUCUAUUUCAUCAUCAAGACGCUCCCUCUUAAGUUCAGUGGCAAGGACUCAGAACUACUUUCAACGCACUUCGGCGAACGAGUCACCAUCUCCGGUGUUUUCGAGACAGUGCUUCUCACUCGUCAAUUACUGUUCAAUCUGCUGAUUCUCAUCACCUUUGUGGACGGUGAGAUUGAACAAGCAGAUAGCUCUACAUUUGACCCAGCUGAACUUUUUACUACAUUCAUUGAUCUGCUUCGCGAGUAUGAAAUGGUGUUUUGGCUUGGGUCCAAUGUUCGGAAGCGCUCUCACACGCGGUCACCUCAGUCUGGAGCCGAACCCGGAACGCCUGUGUUUUCCCUGAAGGAUCGUGGCUCCAAGAGCCACGCCCCAACUGUGACUAUACUUGAGGAUCUCUUUGUUCAUCACAUCAAGCCGCAUCAAACAAUUGGCCUACCCCAAAGCUAUACGUUGUCAUUGGGCGUCAAAGACUUGUUGGCUUGGGUUGCUAGACCGGGCGAAGUCGCAUACCCCAAUGCAUUGGCGUACAUCCAGUGUGAUCUCAUUGCCAACAACAACAUCGACCUUGCUUGGGACUUUCUCCGUUUCCAGGCGGACACCUCAUGGUCGACUUAUGUGAAGGGGCGCUUGCAUGUCGCGAUGUCCGAAUUUGACACUGCGGCUAUCUACUUCCGCAAAGCCGCUUAUCUUCUCUCAUGUGGCAAACCCCUUGGAAACCUCUAUGAGAUGUCGUCGACUCUUCUUGACCUCGUAUCCGUGAACUCUUUCCACAACGGCAUCCCGAAAUACUACCAACACAUCCUUUCAAUAUUCGAAAAAGCACGCUCAUUCUCGUACGUUGCAGAGUUUGCUAGUCUGGCCUUGCAGACCCUGGAGUCCGAAGCAUGUGCCGAACAGACCCCCGAGUACGCGAGCUUGCGGACUGACUUGCUUUCCCGACUCUUCCACGCUUCCGUGAAAACCUGCCAAUUUGACCAGGCAUACUCUGCACUAGCGCGGUACCCAGAUCUUGCUCUGCAAAGAUCAGCCCUCACAUCGCUCAUAUCCACUAUCUUGGCUGUCUCAGGUCCCAGCACUGCGGGUCUUGAACAAAUCCUUCGCUUCCCGACGGCAUUUACCCCCAAUAUUGCUUCUCACAUUGAUGAUACCCUACUUAAAUUCGCCCUGAAGCAACAGUCUUUUCCUUCGUGGCUGGACCUUGAUGAACGAGGGAGCGAAAGCUCGCCAGACUACCACCGGAUCUUGCAAGCUUACCGGAUUGCCCGAAAUGACUAUCGGGGGGCCGCUGAGAUUGCUUAUCGCAACGUUCAGCGUCUUCGGCAAGCAAGAGAGACUUCCAGUUCCGCGGUCCUUAAGAAGAACUUGAAGAGCGAAGAAGCUGUGGUCGCCGAAGAUGAUCCCGAAAGCAAGGAAAUCCGCAUUGAACUCUUGUCACUUAUCAACCUUUUGGCGUCAGUCGACAAGAGUGAGGCGUAUAUCCUUGUGGAGAAGGGUCCAUUGGCUUCGCCCAUUGCCAAUGGUCGCCGCAACUCACAAACUGACCAUGAUGGCAAUGUCUUCAUGGAGGAUGUGGAUGCAGGAUCACCUUCGGCCUUCAAUUCUAAGCGGAGAUCAUCCAGUGCGUCUUUCUCCUCGGCUGGUCGUAGGGGCAGCCGCUCAUCGAUUGGUGGCCAGAACGGUGUCGCCUUCAAGCCAGCUGUCGAGUCUCCCAAAGAGCGCAUCAUUGUGACCCUGGAGCACUUGCGUCGGGAGUACCAGUCAGAGCUUGACAGGGUCAGCCGUAUCGAGCGCGGCGACUGGGAAUUUGGGUUCCUGGAGGAUGACGAGCAAGAUUUUGAUAAUGAUGAAACGAUGGGCUACAUUAAAUCGGGGCCCUUUACUCUCCGCCCAUCGUUGGCCGGACAAGAAAAUUAA